AUGGCUAUUGCCGCUGCGCUCCACCCGAGGGUUACUCCAUUCAAUGGUGUGAACAACGACUACAGCCACUCGAGCGAGGACGACGACGACGUGCGCGACUCCUCGAGUUCUAUUGAUCUUCUGCCCCUCGAGCGCGCGGUGUCUGAAGAUGCCCGUUCCCAGGACAGCCAUGGCUUCACCGGCUUGCUGAGGACCAACGUCAGAGGCAGGUUUUCACUACUGCUGUCUCACUCUCACACGCGUCCUAACCUGACAUCAGACGGCGUUCAGCAAGCCCUUCGACCCUUUCUCUCGGGUAACGACAGAGGAGGACCAUGGGCACCCAUUCCCCAGAACGACUCGGGCUACGCCUACGAGUCUGGCAUUGGCCCCGACCUCGGUCGGCCUGCCAUGUCAUCCGUGAGCAGUCUCCGUGAGAUGAUACUCGCCUCGUGGCUCAACAGCCUGCUCGUCUUCGUGCCUGUCGGCCUUGCGAGUUACUUAUCUGGCAUGAGCCCCAUCUUGACCUUCAUCACCAACGUCAUUGCCAUUGUGCCCUUGUCGGCCCUGUUGACAGACGCGACGGAGAGAAUCGCCAACGAUGCUGGCGACACUGUCGGUGCCCUACUCAACAUUAGCCUCGGCAACCUCGUCGAGCUCAUUAUCUUCGUCGCACUGGUCAACAACCACAUCCGGAUCGUGCAAGCCUCCAUCCUUGGCUCCAUCAUCGUCAACCUGCUCCUGAUUCUCGGCUCUGCUCUGUUCGCCAGCACUUUCUCGAGGCACGAUGCCUCUGCACCCUCAACCUCCAACACGCAACUCCUCAGCUGCCUUCUGCUCGUCUCUGUCUUCGUAUUUCUGAUGCCUACCGCCUUUGACUACACCUUCGAAGGCUCCAAAGGAGCGGAUAAGGCUAUUCUCAAGAUGAGCCGCAUCUCUGCCAUCAUGGUGCUCGUCAUUUACGUAUUGUACUUCGUUCAUGAGCUGCGUACCCGUCCAGUAGCCCAUGACGCCAUCCCAGCUGAAGGCACUGGCACCCAGCGAAGCCACUGGGCUGUUCCUGAGCCUCAAAUUCCUUCGCGCAGCCGGGCUUACACCCUGCCCCCUCGUACCAUUCGUUUUGCCGACGAUGGCACGCCUACCGUGCCGCACUUUCCAGGGAAGCCCGCCGACCAGAUCGAAAUGGCCAAUCUUGACAAGGUCGCUUCAAGUUCCAACGACAACGACAUUGAUCCCGUCAACUCGUCCAAUUCCGGGUCCGCGGCCACAUCCCGCGCCCCAAGUGCCCCGGGUUUCAUGCGCUCUGGCCCGACAACUCUCGAGCUCAUGCGCACGAGCAGCAAUCAGGCUCAUGCCCAGCAUCGCCCGACCGGUAGCCGUUUCAUGUCCAUUCUGGUUCUUGUCGUCACAUCGGCUCUAAUGUCCAUGUGCGCCGAAUUCCUCGUCUCCACAAUAGACGCCGUUACCCAUCAGGGUCAUCUUUCCGAGCCAGUCAUUGGCUUGAUUAUUCUGCCCAUCGUUGGCAACAUUGCCGAAUAUAUCACCGUCGUCACGGUCGCCGCGAAAGAUAAGCUCGACCUCGCGGUGGCCGUGGCCGUCGGCUCCUCGAUUCAGAUCGCGCUGUGCGUGACACCACUCACCAUCAUCGCUGGCUGGAUUCUCAACCGCCAGCUGGCUCUCACCUUUAACAUUUUUGAAAUGGCGACGCUGCUAGGAUCCGUAUUGAUUGUGAACAUGUUGAUUUUAAACGAUGGGGGAACGGCAGCGAAAACGAACGGACUGAAGGGCGCACUGAUGUGUGCCUGUUAUGCAAUCAUUGGAUAUCUCGCCGAGUGGUCUUUUCUUACGGUACCAUCACCCGCCCUUCUCCAGCUCUGCAGUAGGGAGGCUAUGGUAAUAUGCUAG